GCUUCAGCCUUCGGCGGGCAGUUCUACGGCUAUUCGCUCCUGCCUGCUCUUGCUGCUGUUCCCUCCGCGCGUGGCUACGGUGCGAGGGGCGACGGCGACCGAAGAACCAGUCGGCUCGGCUCGCCCUGGCCGACGGUGCGUGUGUGUUGGUGGUGGUUGCUGUUACGGCGAUGGCAGCCUACGCGUCGUGACUCCCAGCGCGCGCGCGCCUGUGACAGCCCCUCGAGGAAUACGCGUGCAUUGACACUGCCGGAGGAUUGCUCUCGUGUGCGUCGGUGCGUGUUUUGGCAAGUGCGCACUCCGCCGACACCUACGACACCAUGCAUCAAGUCAAGGACGGUGGACUGGUCUCCCGGUGGCACCUCUUCACAGUCCUGGCCGUGCUGCUGGCGGCGCGGUCGAGCAGGAGCACGCCCCUGGAGCCCGAAGGGCGGGACGUCGUCGAGGGCGAGAGCCUGAGGCUCUCGUGCCACUUCAACCCGGCGCUGGCGAGCCGCAACCUGCUCUACUAUUGGUUCCGCACCAACCGGCACGGCAAGGACAACGCGGCCAUCAGCGGUAGCGCGCUGGACUCGCAUUACAGCGUCGAGUACUACCCGGCCGAGGGACGCUACGACCUGCUCAUCUCGCGCGCCCAGUACGACAAGGACAACGGCCACUUCGAGUGCAAGCUCAAGGAAGGCGGCAGCGGCGCCGACGUGCACAACGCCGCGUACGAGGUGACCGUGCUCAUCGCGCCGGGCGAGCCGCGCAUCACGCCGUCGAGCCCGACGGCGCGCGAGGCCGAGCCCCUGGCGCUGACGUGCGCCAGCGAAGGCGGCAGCCCGGACCCCGACGUCGAGUGGUUCCGCGGCGACGAGCGGCUGCAGUCGGCGCUGACCCGGGGCGGCGCCCGGGACCGGCCGACGGCCGCGGUGCUGACGCUGACGCCCGGACGCGAGGACGACGGCGCCGAGUUCCGCUGCCGCGUCACCAACCGCGCCAUGCCGCAGGGAAGCGCGUACGAGGCGCGCACCGCCAUCCGCGUCCACUAUGCACCCAAGAUCACGGUCGGCCCCUACAACCCGCUGAAUGUCAUGGUGGGCUCUGAUGCCAUGUUGACCUGCUCUGUGCUGGCCAAUCCUCCAGUGCGGUCUGUGCGGUGGAUGAAGCGAGGCCAGCUGCUGUCAAAUACAUACAACCAUACAAUUCCAUCUGUGACUCCUGAAGACAGUGGUGACUAUGCCUGUGUUGCUGACAAUGGAAUCCUGCAACCUUCACAAGCAGAGCUGCAUCUUAGUGUGCUGUAUGGACCCCGUGUGAAUGUGCUACCGGAGCAGGAAGCUGCACAAGGAGAAAAUGUGGCCAUCAAGUGUAAUGUUGCCUCUAACCCCGAGCCGCACUCCAUCUUGUGGACCAAGCAAGGAGAUGGACAGUUCACCCUCCAGGGGGACACACUACGUUUGGACCGUGUCACUGCUGAGGAUGCCGGCACCUACAUAUGCCAGGCCACAGUCAUCAUGCGACCCUCCGCAACUGCCAUCCAUACGGAGGUGGUCGGCAACGACUCGGUUGUGUUGCAUGUGCGACACAAACCUGGAGAGGCAGAGAUCACUCCUCAAGGCCCCACGGCUGUGGCCGGCCGCCCUUUUGUGCUGACGUGUGGUGCCCGUCCUCCUGGCUGGCCACGUCCCGAGUACCGCUGGUGGCGUGAGGGUCAGGAGCACAUUGACCUUGGCCACCGGUCCAACCACAGCUUCCUCUCGGUGCACAGCAGCCAUGAGGGACGGUAUUUCUGCCAGCCACACAAUGGACUGGGAAAGGGAUCCAUUGCAUCAGUCUACCUGGCAGUCAAUGAAGCGGCUACUGUCGUGGUGCCUCUGAGGCCUCAAAUCAUCCGCAAAGCGGGCGACCAGAGCCAGUCAGUCACUUGUCGUGCCCGUGGAAAGCCCAAGCCACAAGUUCACUGGACUCACCGAGACAAGGAACUACAUAUGAAUCCCGAGUCUGGCUUUGAAAUCAAGACUAUUGAGAACAUUGAGGACAACGAGGUCUUCUCAGUUCAAAGCACGCUGACAUUUCAGCGGCCUCUCACCCCUGAAGAUAGAGGAAGAUAUGCCUGCCUAUUCGACAAUGGCUUUGGUGGCGCUGCAAAAUCAGAGAUGAUGCUUAGGAUUGAACACCCUCCUCAAGUGAGGCACACCUACAAUCGAGUGGCCUUCGACCCUGGCGACAUGGCUGUGUUGCGUUGCCAGAUGCAGGCCUACCCCGAGCCAACUUUUGAAUGGGUCUUCAAGGGUCGCAUCCUUGAACGCUAUGCCAACUAUGCCACGAAUGUGACUGAUGAUGGGGAUGACCUCUACACUGGUGCCUUGUCAGUGGCAGACGUCAAGGAGAGUGACUAUGGCGACUACACCUGCCGUGCCUGGAACCAGGUCGGGGACGUUCAGCGAACAAUACUCAAGCUCGUCAAGAAGAGUGCACCUGACCAACCGGGACGCCUUGUGGCUGUAAGCAGCGACUCUGACAAGGUCACAUUGCAGUGGACAGAAGGAUUCAAUGGAGGUUUCAGCAACACAGAAUUUGUCGUCACUUACUCCAAUGUUGCCAGUGGACAGACAAAGAACGAGUCCUGCCGAUCUCACAACCCUUGUACUAUAACUGGUUUGGAGCCGAAGUCCGAGUAUGUAAUGAAGGUUGUGGCGGUUAAUGCAAGGGGAUUCAGCUCGUACUCUGAAGAGAUUACAGUGCAAACAAAGGUUAACCUCAAGGACAUGCCACGACCACUCUCUGCCCAAUACGAUCAAGAGACGGGCCGUGUGUACUUCACCGUCGAACUGAACACAGAGCGGCUUUUGGCGAGGGUAGAAGGUCGCGCCCGUGGCCAGGAGCAGUGGAUGCCUCUGGCUGAGGUGGAAGUAGACCGUCCCCAGAUUUCUCUGGAAGUUGCCAAUGCCGCCGCCCUCGUGGACAUCCGUGUGCUCCUCUGCCUUCAGAGCAAUGCUUCAUGGUGUGGAGACGAGCGUCUGGCCGAACCUUUUGACGAGUUCUCCAUGACUACGGAGGGCAGUCUACAUCCAGUGGGUGCCCCUGUGACCAUAAAGACCAUGAACGUUGUUAUCAUCGUUGCUGUGGCUGCGGGGCUGUUCUUCCUCCUUGUGGUUGUGUUUGUGUGCUGCUGCUGGAAGAGAAAAGCCAGCAAAGUAAACAAGAAGGAUUAUGAAUCAGAAGUCCAAAAUGCGAGACCAAAGGUUAUCAGCGGACCUUAUUAUCAUGAAGAUGUGGGCAAGGGGCUGGACACAAACGUCGACGACAUGAGCAAGCACACCAUCUAUGCUGGCAGCAUUGGUAGCUCCCCACACAUGGCUAAUGGACAUGCCGGAAACCAGAUAACGUCCAAUGGUAUGCUUUACGGAUCUGCGGACAUGCUGGAUGGAGUUCACAGUGGCAAUGGCAGUGAUGGUGCCGGCGAUCUCUGGGUAAAGGGAGGCCAGGGAGAGAUGUCUACUCCGCCGGAAGCAUCAUACCAGCCCUAUGAUGCCCGCAUGCCGUCUGGUUACUACUACCCAGAUGAUUACCAAGGCCUUAACGAGGACGUCAUGAAUCUCAAGAACAGGGAACAUUUGCACUCCCCCUACUAUGACGUUAGUGGACUUCCAGAUCCCUAUGCCACCAUGGGUGAUGAAGACAAGAACCCGCAGAUCUCAUUGUCCUUCGAUGAAAGCCUUGAAUCUGGUUACUCCACUCCAAACUCUAGGAACCGACGCAUUGUGCGGGAAAUAAUCGUGUGAGCAUCCACGCAGCUUGGAGGAUUGUUGUGUUGCAGCUGAGCAUGUGCGGACACACGGGAGUGCCUACAGAGUGGGCUGUGUGGUCAUUAGCAUCUGGCAGACUCUGACCACAAUGUGCCUGGAAAACAAUAUGGUGUGUGUGCGUGUGUGUGUGCAUGUUGCCGCACGACGAACGAAACUGGCCGUCGGCAGCAGGUGUGCUUCGAGAGUCAAAGCCGAAAGAAUGGAGCCAGCUGUGCUGAGGCAGCCCAGUGAUGUUAACGUUUUUAAUGCAUCUAGAAACCAGCUCCUGAGGAUCCUAAGGAUCAGCCUUCAUGCUUCAACACCUCCAAGUGGGCAGUGCUAGCAACGGAAACACAAGUGCAAGAACAAUCGGCGGCGGCUCGUGAUGGGCGUUGCCCGCUCGCAGCAAGUUCGCAAUUGUUGAGUCUGGGAGAACGGCUACAUCUAGCGUCUUCAAUGCAUGUAGAAAUCGGCUCGUAAGGAUCACGCUUCAACACUUUCGAGUGUCCAGUGCCAGGGACAGAAACACAAGUGCAAGAACAUUUGGCGGCAGCUCGUGAUGGGCUUAGCCCAUUUGCAACAAGUUCGCAAUUGUUGAGUCUGACAGAACAGCCACAUCCGUGCUGUCACAAAGACAUUUUUGGUGCAAGAGGCGACGUGCACCGCACAGUGGCUGCAAGAAACUGGCGUUAAAGCUCUGGCAGUGCCUCUUUUGCUCCUUGUGUUUUUGCUCAAAGUGAGUGUUAUUCGUGCCCUGGGUGUCAACUUUGUUUUCUAGUUGCUUGACCGUCAUUGACAUGUUUUUAUUAUGCCAUUUAGGGUGCUGCAUCAGGAGAGAUAUGCCACCAUAGUGCUUGUGCAAGAUAUUUUUAUGGGGGCCAAACUUCUUGCCACUUGGCUCUUGUUGGCUUGUGCUGGAUGUUCUUUUUAACAAAGGUAGAAAGAUUGUUACUACACUCAUGCUCAGUGAAAGCACGCGAUACUCUUGAGUAGCUCAAGCUGUUAACAUUUUUAUUUUAACUUGAAAGUAAUCACUGAAAGGCCAUGAUUUGACAUCAUCUUGCUUACUGUAGUCAUCUUCAUUCUGCAGUUGUUUUUUAAUCUAUGCAGCAAAAGCAUAUUAUUUACCAAUCAUUUGUUAUUGUAAAGAAAAGUGAGCUUGGUGUUAAAGCUACUACUUCAUUAUACUUGCCGAACUGUGCCUUGAAUGAUAGUUUGCAGUAGCAUUUACGCUUUAACUGGUGCUCCUUUACUUGCUACUGGAACACUUUCAUCUGUUGUGUUCCUGUUCAUUCAUAGCUGGCAAGCUGCUGGAAUCUUGCUUCAUGUGGUUCAUUUAUUCGGUCAUCAUCACAGGACUAACACUAGCAUCAGUUUUCAAAUCUUGAAGUGUGCCACGCGGUUAGAUUGUGUACAUUUAUUAAAAGGCCCCUGAAACGGUUCGGACAAAUUUUGUAGACGCGUAGGGUACAGCUUAAGUAGAACAUUCGCACCACAAUUUAAGUGAAGCGUUACGUAUUAAUGGAGCUACAAGCGAUUAGAAGUUACCCUCCUCCCCAGCCAUGCUUUUCCUCCUCAACUCACUCGUUCGCCGAGCGAGCGGGGCUAAGCUCCGCCUUCACUGGUCCUGCGUCACGAUGCGACGUCACAUCGUCCACUUCCGGUUGUUUUGAAGCCCGCCCCCGCCUGCGCGAAACCUCUCCGCUAGCCGCUUGGCUGUCGACCCCAAGCGAGAGCUAUCGAAGCAGCUUGCGUUGCGAGCAUUCUGUCGUAGCGCCAAACGUGUCUGGUAUUCCGUUAGCCACAGGCAAGCUGGUCAUUUCGGCAAAUGACUGGAGGCAUAAACUCAAGCUGAUGAAGGGACUUUGGCGCGUGAGCGGCCUGAUCGGUCUGCACGGUCCAGACACUUGUUGGCGCAGCGCUUAACAAGCCAAACAAAGCGCUAAUAUUGCUCUAACCAAGUGUAAAACAUUUUAAACAUAUAUAAAAACAACGUGUUGAUGAUUACACUCCUGCGAAAAAUACGCACCAGCAGCAAAAAAGAAUACGCUUCGUUGCUGCUACUGUGUAUGGUUGAGCUCUAUGCCACCAGGUGGCUGCACCGUGCAGACCAUUCACCUUUGCCCUUCUGCUCAUCUCGGCUCAUCCCGUUACGGCACAGUCAAGCGGCCAGACCCUGUCCUCUUGCGCUUACGUUUGCCCUAAUACGGGACUCGCGAAACGCUAGUGCGUUAGUAAUCUUCCGGUGUAAAGCCACAAACGUGCAAAUCCUGGCGCCGAUCGGAUAGCGGCAGUCCGAUGCGCAGCAGCCAGUUCGCUCGUACGCUGCCCUGCAGAGGGACACGAUGUCGCAGCUUGACAUAUUGCCAGUCGCUACGUUUGCAGUCCGCAAGGCAACAAAGUCGAAUCAUAGUGCUCGCGAAAAGACUGAGACCAACUCUGACCGCGGAGCUCUCGUCAAAAUGGAGCACGUUGUAACACAAGCAGACGACACUUGCUGUGUGCCGGAAGUGCUUAAGUGUACUGAAAAAUUGUUCUUGUGCACUCUCUUUCUGCUACUUUCUCUUUAUAAAAACAAAUUAACUAACAUUCCAACUAUUACGAAGAUCAUUUGUUUACCAUAAAGUUGGAAAAAUUAUCGAUCACGCGCCCUGGUCAGCCAAUCGGAUAGCUCGCCCCACUGAUGUCAUAUGGGUGAUUUCGGUCAUAUGGGUAGGGGCAGCUUAAAAUUCCGCCGAGCAGUGCGCUGCGAUCGGCAGCGAUGUGCAUUUUUAAAAACUUAUAAUAAAUUACACGCUUUACGCAGAGCACUUAGAUGUGUCAAUUAAUGAUCAGAAGGACCUACUCUAACGACUCAGUACGUUUGUAGAAAAUCGUCAAAAGCGUUUCAGGGUCCCUUUAAAGGCCAUGAGUAACAGAGUGACGUACAUGCAUUGUACAGGUUGGGCUGUCAGUUGUUCUCAUUCUUGACCACGGCACACUGUCUAUCCACGAUGUCAUCUCGCCUAUGAAACCAACUAGCUUCAGUUACGAGAGUCUAAUUCGCAUGAAGUAGUUUUCAGUAGUCGCACCUUCACCAGCUGUAUCAUUUGGUGAGCAAUGUGGUCUUGACUUACUAACUGCUCAAAUUUAAGUGGUAAAUUGCCCAUGAGAGAAGCGACUGUUUUCACUUCAAAUGGCAUUGGCCUCUAUUACCAAAUGGUGUGCCCAGUUCGACUUGGUUUUCUUGUUCUUUUCUUUUUUGACUGAGGUGACUGUGUUAGGUAGUAAAAAUUUCUGCUUGCCAUCACAAGUACCCUUCUGCCUGAAAUAACGCCACAUUCUGCCUUAUUCAAACAGCUGUUCUUUUGUCAUUAGCUUUGCUUCACAAUUUGCAGUACCAUCAUGACUACGCAGGCAUAUUGAGCUUAUAGUGGUUGGUACUGACAGUCAUAGCCAUUUCCUGCAAACAGAUGCCUCAUUCUGUUCAUGUCAGUGACAAGUUAAUUACCUGUUGCAGAAGGCUGCAGCAAAACUCUAGGGGAAAAGAUCUCAAAGUGCACAUGAUUGUCUAGUGCACAAGGUUCUAAGUGAAUCUUUAUGAACUUGCCAGACUUGCCUAUAAAUCUUGCCCAAUACCUUAUUUUGCACAGGAGAGAUCCUUCGUACUGCACAUAAAAAAAUAUGCCUGCUCGUGCUGUCCUUGUUAGGGACAGAAAAUUGCGUCAUUAGUAUAUAAAAUGUUUAUAUCCUGAUCUGUGCCCCUUCUGUGUGCCUAAUUUAUCAGUGUGUUCUUGGUAGCUCCUUGCAAUAUUGAUUGAUAAUAUGCACAAGAACUGGUAAACUACUUAAUGUCCUGUCGCAGUUGAGAUUGUGCUCAUUUCAUUUUGCUUCCUUUUGAUGGCCUGUCUUCAAUAAUGUUGAGACACAUAUAGGUACUACUGGUCACAAUUUGGACAGCACCAAGGUAAUAGUGACGGUCUUGUUCAUGUCAUUCUAAUGCGGGCUCUACUUCAAACCUGUUGCAUGUUCAAAUGCCGUCAGGGUAUUUCAGUACUCAUCUAAUAUCGGUGUACAGAGCUUCAGCAGUACCACCUAGUACUAUAUAAUGCUUCACGCUCCAAUGCUGUUGCCAUGUGGUUAUGCUCUUUUUCUCUGGUGCUGUUCGGUUUCUUAGUAGUGUUCAAAUCCUUGUCAGCUGUAGAUCACGGUGGCACUAGCCAUUUGAAAGGCUCUGCUAUUGCUUUUCUUUUUUCUUUUUGUGUGUGCAGUUUUGUACAUAAUUGUUCUUUUUUUUUGCUAUUAUUUUUUUCUCAUCAUUUUAACCAACUCAUGGGGGGAGCGUCAUUGUUUUUAUGUGUGUCAACUUUUACAGUUUUGAUCUUUACUCUGUGUCUCUCAUCAUAGCCCGUGCAUAAGGUACAAAAUGGGUAUAUUGGGGAGCAUGUCAUAAGAAAAGCACUCAUUCAAAAAAAAAGUGCUAAGACAUUUAUUUGUGUGGUCACCUGCCUCACCUUCAGACCAUAAUGAACUACUUAAACAGAACCAGUACAGUUCAUUGUAAAAAGGACAUAACGAGACUUGGAGAAAUAGUGAUACCUGCAUCCACCUGUUUUACUCUAGACAGCUUACGUAGUGAGGCAUGUUCCCUUUGUCCCUGCCUUAUACAAUUCGCAUAGUUAAUUUUUAUUUGCUAGGUGUGCUUGGGGCAUACAUUUAAAAAUUUGAUAAAGGUUUAAUAAACAUUUGUGAAAAUUUAUAUCACAGGUGUACUGAAAGGGUUUAGUUUAUAUCACUGCAUGGUCUUGCAUUGACUUUAUUUUUGUCAAUUGGUGACGACUAUCGACAGUAAUGAAACAUUUUUGCCAUGUGAUUUAUGCAGAAAAGUAUUGUGCUAAGGUCUAGCUUAGAACUUUGUUUAUAGCAUUUUCACCGUGAGUGAUACACCCAACUUGUUCAUGGUGAAUUUAUGAGAGGUUUGGAGGAAUUCUCUAGGUACUUGGACAUUUGAUUGAAAUUUGUAAUAUAUUGACUUGCGAAGCCACAAAAUAUGUGAAAACGCUCAAAUUUUGAGUUCUUGAAUCUUACAGUACAGAUACUCUUUGAUAUACAUGUGGCAGCAGGAGAACCACAGUACUCUUUUGAACCGUCACCUUUUAUGUAUAAUUUUAUAAUGUAAUUCAUUUCUUGCCACCAAAUGAAGUGCAUAAACUUGUUGCUUUCAGAACUCAAAUGUGGAAUGCUGCAGUGCCUUACAAUAUUUAAGCUGUGCAUCUCUUCUUGUUUUCGUGAAUGCAUGGACAAUGCAUGGACAGGCAGAGCAGUCUGUACUAGAGUGCCUUUGUUCCUUGCCGCAGUUGUGAUGUUUGCACAACACAAUGUAUUUCACUGUAAAUAAACAUGUCAUGCUUUGUGAAGCUCAA